AUGACCAGCUCCUGCUGUGGCUCCACCUGCUCCGGCUGUGGGGGAGGCUGCUGCCAGCCCUGCUGCUGCCAGCCCUGCUGCUGCCGAGACCCCUGCUGCUGCCGCCCCUGCUGCUGCCAGACCACCGUGUGCCGCCCUGUGACCUGUGUGACCCGCUGCACACGCCCCAUCUGUGAGCCCUGCCGCCGCCCCAUCUGCUGUGACCCCUGUGGCCUGCAGGAGGGCUGCUGCCAGCCUAUUGCCUGCUGCCCCAUAUCCUGCACGGCUGUGUUCUGUCGCCACCGUAUCUGCUGUGACCCCUGUGGCCUGCAGGAGGGCUGCUGCCAGCCUAUUGCCUGCUGCCCCAUAUCCUGCACGGCUGUGUUCUGUCGCCACCGUAUCUGCUGUGACCCCUGUGGCCUGCAGGAGGGCUGCUGCCAGCCUAUUGCCUGCUGCCCCAUAUCCUGCACGGCUGUGUUCUGUCGCCACCGUAUCUGCUGUGACCCCUGUGGCCUGCAGGAGGGCUGCUGCCAGCCUAUUGCCUGCUGCCCCAUAUCCUGCACGGCUGUGUUCUGUCGCCACCGUAUCUGCUGUGACCCCUGUGGCCUGCAGGAGGGCUGCUGCCAGCCUAUUGCCUGCUGCCCCAUAUCCUGCACGGCUGUGUUCUGUCGCCACCGUAUCUGCUGUGACCCCUGUGGCCUGCAGGAGGGCUGCUGCCAGCCUAUUGCCUGCUGCCCCAUAUCCUGCACGGCUGUGUUCUGUCGCCACCGUAUCUGCUGUGACCCCUGUGGCCUGCAGGAGGGCUGCUGCCAGCCUAUUGCCUGCUGCCCCAUAUCCUGCACGGCUGUGUUCUGUCGCCACCGUAUCUGCUGUGACCCCUGUGGCCUGCAGGAGGGCUGCUGCCAGCCUAUUGCCUGCUGCCCCAUAUCCUGCACGGCUGUGUUCUGUCGCCACCGUAUCUGCUGUGACCCCUGUGGCCUGCAGGAGGGCUGCUGCCAGCCUAUUGCCUGCUGCCCCAUAUCCUGCACGGCUGUGUUCUGUCGCCACCGUAUCUGCUGUGACCCCUGUGGCCUGCAGGAGGGCUGCUGCCAGCCUAUUGCCUGCUGCCCCAUAUCCUGCACGGCUGUGUUCUGUCGCCACCGUAUCUGCUGUGACCCCUGUGGCCUGCAGGAGGGCUGCUGCCAGCCUAUUGCCUGCUGCCCCAUAUCCUGCACGGCUGUGUUCUGUCGCCACCGUAUCUGCUGUGACCCCUGUGGCCUGCAGGAGGGCUGCUGCCAGCCUAUUGCCUGCUGCCCCAUAUCCUGCACGGCUGUGUUCUGUCGCCACCGUAUCUGCUGUGACCCCUGUGGCCUGCAGGAGGGCUGCUGCCAGCCUAUUGCCUGCUGCCCCAUAUCCUGCACGGCUGUGUUCUGUCGCCACCGUAUCUGCUGUGAGCCCUGUGGCCUGCAGGAGGGUUGCUGCUGCCCCAUCACCUGCUGCCCCACAUCCUGCACGGCUAUUGUCUGCCGCCCCUGCUGCUGGGCCUCCACCUGCUGCCAGCCCAUCUGUGUGCAGGCGCCCUGCUGCCGGCCCCCCUGCUGCCAGCCUGCCCCCUGCCGCACCACCUGCACGACCUGCCCCUCCUGCUGCUGCUGA